AUGUCUCCAAUUGCUUUACGGAUCUUUAAUUUUCCUCCCCUAUUUACAAACGUAGAUGUGAGGGAAUAUCUUCAUCUAUUCGGACUGGAAAUAAAACAUCUUUACAAACGGCGAGCAGCCGUUUGUGCUCUCGUUUACGUUAGCACCGAGGCUGCGGCACGGUUAGUGAUAGCUCGUCUUCAUCAGCUGCUGAUCAUUAGCCAUCGUUUAAAAGUCGAAUACUCUGAAGUUGCUAUGAAUGAUGCGGAACCGGACGAUGCUGGAGAAAUUAGUGUCACUGCAAAGCGAAAAACUGCUGACAGCAUCCUGCAGAAAAGCUCAUUCCGGGGCUAUGAAGGAUUCCCUCCACCGUGCCUAAUGUAUCGGUACCCCAAAGCGUCGUCAGGCACAUUGAACAAAAUAUCACGAGAGCUAUCAACGAACGUGGCAUUUUACUACCAAGUAUUGCAUCUAAUGAACAAAAUGAAUUUAACACCACCGUUUGAGACACUGAAAGGAUCGUCAGAAAAUCUCCAAACCCUAAACUUAGCCUCUCAUUCGCUACACAGCGCAUCGGACGAUGAAUCGGAACUAGAAUCGGACACGGAAAAUAUCUCGCUCAAGAGAUUGAAACCGGCCACCAGCAUAUCUCUGCCGCGAACGAUGAAAGUGGUUAACUAUGACUGCCCAACCGAGCCAUUAGUUUGCGUGAAGCAACAAAAAGUGUCGAAAUUAGAAAUACACCUUUCCGGGACCUCAGUCGUUUCAAGUCGUACACCAAAUUCAGAAGAAACCUUAAAAAUAACCAGUGGCAAUUGCGCUCCACAUUCUGAGAGUGCACCUGUUACAGACGGUCCGAGGUCGUUGGAUGAUAUUUUACAAAAUCGAAUCCCCGAUGAACAAAGAGCGUUGCUGAAUGUGUUCCAAAAUUACACUCCCGGAGAACCGUCGGACAAACUGUACAUAAAAAAUCUCUCCAAACAUGUGACCGAACAGGAUUUGAAGAAAAUUUUCGACCUUUUCUUCGAGCAGGAUGUUCUCAGGGUAGUCGAUGUAAAGUUGAUGAAAACGGGUCGAAUGAAAGGCCAAGCGUUUGUUUCGUUCGUUUCGGUAAGCGCGGAUAAAGCCGAUGAAUUGAAGAAAAUCGUGGCAAAUGUGCUAUCCGUAACGAAUGGUUACAUUUUAAAAGAUAAACCUAUGGUUAUAUCCUAUGCAAAAAGUAGUAAAAGCCAAGACUAA